AUGGCUAUGGAAUCGAGUGUGCUUUACGAUGCACUGGUCGCUUUUGCUUCUGGUCACUUAUCACUCACGAAUGAGUCAUAUCGGGUCUCUGCCUUAGAAGCUCACUCGACAGCAAUCACCAACCUCGCCACAGCCCUCGCUAAACCACAACAUGAAAUCACAUGGUACGAAAUCAAAGCAGCAACAUGCUUGGCCUUUGUCAUAGGUGAGGUAUGCGUAGGAGAUAACGACGGGUGGUGUGCCCACCUCAACGGUGCCAAGCUCAUCAUCGAGUCCGCCGUGGUCAAUCCAAGCUCAGGGACGACCUUGCGAGGACCUGAAGUCUUCAAACGGAGCUCCGAGGGUCAGUGGAUUCUUCGAAACUUUGCGUAUCACGACAUGAUUGGGAGUGUGACCAUGCGGAGGAGGCCGCUGCUAGACUGCAGUUAUCUGGAUGGCAUCACAGACGUUGUCGACACCUACCUAGGCGUCGCCACAGAUCUUUUACGCCAUGUAGCUACUUUGAGUAGCAUCGAUGAAGAGACCAGACUCGAUGUUGCUCUAGGGGCUGAGGAGAUAACCAGAAGAAAGAAGUUGUUCCAUGCCACCUGCGAAGGAGUCGAGCAAGAGCUGCAAGACUGGCGAUGCAGGCCAGAUGCCGCUCCAGAACUUGCUGCUCUGGCGCAUGCAUUCAGGAGCGCUGUCCUUAUUGUGCUAUUCCGACUGAUACGGAGUCGCCUGAGUUCAGAGGAAGAGUCCACUCAAGGGGCAAGCUCUGAAGCCAUGACAGAGGAGAUGCUACCGACAAAGAUGCGGACGCAGGUGUCUAACAUCCUGAGGCACGUCUCAGAUAUUCCGGUCGGGUCACAUACCGAGUCGGCAAUACUCUUCCCUCUCUUCCUUGCUGGCGGCGAGGCGACUGAGGACGAACACAUGGAUGCUGUUCGUGUUCGGUUGCAGAUGACGUUGCAGAAACGACGAUUCCAGAAUAUUUCUCGUUCUUUGAUGAUACUAGAAGAUUUAUGGCAAAGGCGGCAAAACUCAGGUUUGACAGAUGAAGCAGACUGGACUGACAUCUUGGACGAGACUGGGGAACAUCUUCUCUUGACUUAG